GUGAAUCGCUGGACUUGCCUCAAGUUCAAGGUAAAGAUGUGGGAAGAUGUCCCAGAAGAAAAUAAACUCUAACAAAACCAUCUGCAGACUGACUGAGCAUAAGAUGAAAAGUAGAUGACUCGCUCUGCUCGCAUGGAAAAUGGACAUUACAGUAGACUUAUUUCUGGUGGCACUUGCAAACUGUUUUCUGUUAUGCUUGAACUGUUCAGACUUCUGUGGAAAUGAUAGAUGGCGACUUUACUCACGCAAUGCCAGCAGUUCUUGCUUUAGUGAAAGGAGACACAACAUUCCUACACUGUCAUGCAAAAAGCUGAUGGAGGCAUUCCCAACAGAUGAAAUCGAUGUCAACUACAUACGCACUGUAAAAAGAUGUGUUUUUUCACAGUCAUAUCCCACUCCCCUGAAAGGCCCUCUAAAGUUAGCAGCUGUCUCAAAGGACGUGCUUGAAAGUGUUUUGGAUGUUGAUGUGUCUGUAUCACUCUCGGAGGACUUUGUGUUGUACUUCAGUGGGGGCAAACUCUUCACUGGCUCAGUCCCCCUUGCCCACAGAUAUGGAGGACACCAGUUUGGCUACUGGGCAGGUCAACUUGGGGAUGGAAGAGCUCAUUUGCUGGGUCAAUACACAAACAGGAAGGGUGAGACAUGGGAACUUCAGCUGAAAGGGUCUGGAAAGACACCCUAUUCACGGUCUGGAGAUGGGCGGGCAGUUGUGCGCUCCUCUGUUAGAGAGUUCCUCUGCAGUGAGGCCAUGCAUCACCUGGGGGUGCCCACCUCCAGAGCUGCCAGCCUCAUAGUAAGUGAGGAGCCAGUCUGGAGGGACCCGUUUUAUAAUGGCAGUGUACAAAAGGAGAGAGGAGCAGUGGUUCUGCGUUUAGCCAGGUCUUGGUUCCGUAUAGGGUCCCUUGAGAUCCUGACUCGCUCUGGAGAACUGGAUCUCCUUAGAAAAGUAUUGGACUUUGUCAUUGAGGAACAUUUUACAACUAUUCAAACAGAUGACCUAGACAAAUAUGUGGCUUUGUUCUCUACAGUUGUAAAAGAAACUGCUCAUCUGAUAGCUCAGUGGAUGUCUGUCGGAUUUGCACAUGGUGUGGGGAAUACAGACAAUUUCAGUCUUCUGUCUAUCACCAUAGAUUAUGGACCAUUUGGAUUCAUGGAGGCCUAUAAUCCAAAUUUUGUACCUAACACCUCAGAUGAUGAGGGGCGAUAUAGUAUUGGAGCUCAGGCAAAUAUGGGCCUUUUCAAUCUGGAGAAACUUCUGGAAGCUCUGUAUCCUGUACUCAAUCCCAACCAGCAGUCAUGGGCUAAACAUAUAUUAAAAGGCUUCCCCCAGAUAUAUCAGAAACGGUACUUUAUUUUUAAAUCAUUUCAGGAGUUGUUCAAAGCCAAGCUUGGUCUAGAAGGAGAGGAAGAGAGUGAUGAUGGAUAUCUAAUAGCAUUCCUUCUAAAGAUGAUGGAGGACACUGGUGCAGACUUCAGCAUGACCUUCAGACAUCUAAGUGAAGUUUCAGCCCAGCAGCUCCACAGCAGGAGCAUCCCAAAGGCAAUGUGGGCUUUGCAAGACCUCUCUGAUCAUGAGUACUUCUCUGAAUGGGUGAACAUGUACCUGCCAAGGCUCCAACGGGCACACCGUUCAGACGAGGUUCGCCAGCACCGGAUGAGAGGGGUCAAUCCUAGGUAUGUCUUAAGGAAUUGGAUGGCAGAGUCUGCUAUUCGGAAAGCAGAGAAGGAUGAUUUCUCUGAGGUGAGGUUGCUGCAGGACGUCCUGUCCAGGCCUUACGUGGAGCAUCCCCAGGCCGAGGAGCGAGGCUACGCCAGCCCACCUCCUCACUGGGCAAAGGGGCUGAAGGUCAGCUGCUCCUCCUGAUGGACGUUACAAGGUCAAAGAUUAAAAAGCACCUCUUUACCCAGGAUGAACUGUUAUAGCCCACUAAGGAAUAUCAGUCAGUACCACUAUAUCAAGCAAGUCUUUGGGGAAAUGAAAGGUCAGAUGGACAUAUGCUAGUUCACCUCACAUAAUCACACUUCCUUUAUUUUUUACGUCACUCUCAGGUCUUAUUCACAAAUAAGCAUGUGUUAUUGCAGGUUAAAGAUACCAUGAUUCACCGUUCAUGACAGUGCUGUUCCUCCAUACGCCAUAGGUGUCAUGAACGGUGACACCAUGAGGGGCGGUUGUGGUGUAGUGGUUAGCCUGAAAAGUUGUGGGUUCAAUUCCCGGCUUCCACAGUUGUGCCCUUGAGCAAGGCAUUUAACCCCAAGUUGCUCCGGGGACAAUGUAAUCCCUUCUAAUGUAAUUGACAUGUGUAAAUCACUAUGGAUUAAAAGUAUAGCUAAAUGAAUAAAUUAUGAAUAAUGACACAUAGUAUGCAUUAUAUUGCCAACAAUGGUCAGUGCAUAUUCUAACCACUUUCAGUGGUCUGUCAGAUCAUUGAAACAUGAUGUUGUAGCCUUAAUGCUGGUUUUACCUUUUAUUUUGGGAACAUGUGAGGGUCAUAUACAGUUUCUUUUUAUUUUGGCAUCAGAAUAAAAUAUGUGAGUUUGUAAAAGUCAUUUUUGUUUGGAAUCCCCCCAGAAAAUAAAUUACAUAUUUCCCAGGAAAAAUAUUCUUUCUUAUGCAUCAAAUAAGGUGCAAAAUGAAUACAACAUAUAGCCAAGACAUUCACACAUUUAGAAAUAAUGAUUUCAAUAUAAAAAUUUA